UCAAGCAUGGCCUGUCCAUGUGCUUCCCACCCCUCCUUAAUGCAAUGCUGCUAAAUGUAUCUCAAAUACCAACUGUGUGCUUUAUGUUUUAAUUACAGUGAGUCACAGGCUACACUGAAAUCUCACCUUGAAGAGCUGAAGUGCCACUUUACAUGGGGGCUACAGGAAAAGGAUGCUGAUCUUGAAGAAUUGAAAGAAAGACUUAACAAACAACUGAAAUAUUUGAACGUGGAUUGUAAAGGGAGGGUAUAUAACCUUCUGGCCUAUGUAACCCAUUUGAAGAAUGAUAAUACAGAGGCUAUUGUGUAUCUCCAAAAAGCAGAGGCUAUUCUUUGGGAUUCUAAAGUAUUGGAGACCGACAAGAAAUAUCUGAUGACCUUCUCCAACUAUGCGUGGAUCUAUUACUACCUUAAUGAUAGUGAAAGCUCCAAGCUCUAUAUUGAGAAGAUAAAUACUAUUUAUAUGCAAUCAAAAGGGCUUGAAGGUCUUGUGCAAUCUGAGACUUACGGAGAACAAGGAUGGGCUCUGGUGAACUUCUGUGGCCAAUACUAUGAAAAAGCAAAAGACUGUUUUGAAGAGGCUCUGAAAGCGAAUCCAGAUGAUCCUGAAUGGAAUACUGGACUGGCAACUGUAGUUUAUCGGCUGGAGGAAUACCGAAGCAAAAGAAGGCCCUACCUCAAAUAUGUCUCAUUCCAGCUAUUGGAACGGGCAGUUAAGCUGAAUCCAAAGGACUCUGUAAGUAAGGCACUUUUUGCUUUGAAACUACAGGAGUUAAAGAAACAAGAAGAGGCAAUGAAGUAUAUUAAGGAUGCCCUAGAACUGACACCAGAUCUUCCGUAUGUGCUUCGCUAUGUUGCCAAAUUUUACAGACGAGCAGGGAUGUUUGAGGAAGCUAUUGGAGUCCUGAAAAAGGCUGUAAGCAUAACUCCUACCUCUGGUUUUCUCCAUCAUCAGCUGGGACUGUGCUACAGACAAAUGCUUAUACAAAGGAACAGAACAGGAAGGGGUGAUAAAAGUGGUCAAGACACACAAAAAAUAAAAGAUCUAAUGGAAAAGGCAAUAUUUCACUUUGAAAUGGUGCUAGAAGUGAAAAAGUCAUUUCUACAUGCGCAUUUUGAUUUAGCAGAUAUGUACGUCAGAUCAAAUCAAUCUAAAAAAGCAGAAGAAACCUAUAAAAAGGCCACAGAGCUAACAACCACUCCUGAAUAUGAGAAACAACAAGCCCACUUAGAGUAUGGAACAUUUCUGGAAAACUGCAAGAAAUCUGAAGAUGAAGCUGUAGAUCAGUACAAGGAAGGGCUGCGGAUUCAAAAGAAUGAAUACAGACAACAGUGUGAGACGUCUCUGAGAAGGAUAGCCAAUCAGAAGUUAAAGAGAAACCCCAGUGAUGUUUCAGGGCUUGCUUUGCUUCUGUUUAUCAGUAAGGAAAACCAGGACUAUGAUCCAUCCAAUGAAGAAUAGUGAGCGUUCUCUUUGAUCUGAAGCUGACUGAAGUGAAGAAAAUAAUUUAAAAUCACUGGCAUUGUUAAACAGUUCUAAAUUCUGCAGUUUUAUAUCUAACAUUAUGACUCAAAUAAUUCACUUAUGUCCUAUUUAGUACUUUAUAGGAGCCAUUUGCUUUCUUGAUUACAAAUUAAUUACAUGUAUCAAACCCCUUAUCCAGAAUUCUUGGGACCCAAGUAUUUCCAAAUGAGGUUUUUUCCUGUA